AUGAGAUAUACCAUCUUUAUAGCAUGGACUGGUUCGAUGACUUAUGAAAAUUUAAGGAAUUUAUUUAAUAGUGACGAGGUCCAAGAUAUUCGAUUUCUACCAAAUAAACAAUUCGCUCAUAUCGAUUUUAUGACAGAAGCAGCGAUGAUGUAUGCUUUAAGGCUUCAUGGCGAGACCAGAUCACAAAUAGGGAAAUUAAGAGUAGAAGAGGGAAGACCUCGCGGUAAG